AUGACAAUCAUUGAAUCAAUUCUUUCAAUUGCCACAGUCCAAAAUAAUAGUAAUAAUAAUAAUAACCAAAAGACCCCUUUUGCAAAUGUAUAUCAAUUAUAUAAUUCUACAAUACUAUUUAAUAAUAAUCAAUUGACACGUAAAAGAAUUAGAUAA